UUUCCCUUAUCAGUUUAUCACCAUCACACCGCAUUUAUUAGCAUCCUUUACUUCGAAAAGUUUUCAAUUUCUAAUUUCCUAACUAAAGAAAGAAAUAACUGGUGUAUUUUUUGCUCAACAGUAUUAAUUAUACGUUAUCAUGUACCUCUGAGAAUGAAUCAAAUCCGCAUCCAUAAUCAUGGCAGAGUCAAACAGCAAUAAAAAAUCGAGUAAAAUAGAACUAAAGUCCAAGACUUUGCAGUGUAAAAAUCUUCACGAAUACAUGAAAACUUUAUCCUCUACGGUCCUAGAUCAGUUAUAUGUUCAUCCUAUAACAUGUUUAGCCGUUUACCGAGAACUAUCAGAGAUAGCCAAACACUAUCUUAUACGGAUAUUAUUCGUUGACCAACCGGUUCCUCAGGCUGUGAUUGAAUCCUGGCUCUCUAAAGCUUAUGCCAAAGAACACAAAGAAGCUGUAGAAGCGCUGACGGAAUUGAAAAUAUGGAAAGAGUCAUCGGCCACUGGUGGUUUAGCUGUCUGGGAAUUGAACCCAAUAUUCAAAAAACACGUCAGAGUAGCGUUAUUAGGAGGGGGUAAAAGUUUGUUCAUGUCAUCUCAUUUAGAAGCGGAUACAAAACCCAGAGAUAUUGCUUUUUUAGACGCUUAUGCGAUGGAACGUUGGGAAUGUGUUUUACAUUAUAUGGUCGGUUCUCAUCAACAAGAAGGAAUAUCUGCAGAUGCGGUACGAAAUCUAUUACAUGCCGGAUUAAUGAGAUGCGAUAACGAUGGCAGUGCUAUAAUUACUCGCGAAGGGUUUCAAUUUUUAUUAAUGGAUACUGCUGCUCAAGUGUGGUAUUUCAUUCUUCAAUAUUUAAGCACGGUAGAAGAAAAGGGAUUAAAUCUAUCGCAUUGUCUCAAUUUCUUAUUCCAGUUGCGAUUCAGUAUUUUAGGAAAAGAUUAUAGUACAGAAGGUAUGAGCGAAGGACUUUUAGUGUUUUUGCAACAUCUUCGUGAAUUUGGUCUGGUGUAUCAGAGAAAGAGGAAAGCUGGUCGUUUCUAUCCUACUCGAUUGGUGUUGAAUAUGGCCUCUGGACAAAAUCAGGCUGAAAACGUUAUAAGAGAAGGUUACAUUGUUGUUGAGACGAAUUACAGAGUUUACGCAUACACAGAUUCUAAUUUAAAAGUAGCUUUAGUCGGAUUGUUCACCAAUCUCAUUUAUAGGUUCCCAAACGUAACCGUCGGUGUACUUACUCGUGAUUCUAUUCGAACCGCCUUACGAAGCGGUAUCACAGCUGAUCAAAUUGUCGGAUUUUUACGAAUGCACGCUCAUCCAAAAAUGCUCCAUCCUGGUACUCCAAUUCUACCUCCUACGGUUGUCGACCAAAUCUAUCUAUGGGAACAAGAAAGAAACAGAUUUAUAUUCUCCGAAGGAGUACUGUAUUCUCAAUUCAUGUCCCAAAGUGAUUUCGAAACGCUUAGAGAUUAUGCUCAAGAUCUCGGAGUACUCGUAUGGCAAAAUGAAAGAAAAAGAACCAUGGUUGUUACAAAAUCUAGUCAUGAUGAUGUGAAAAAAUUCUGGAAAAGGCAAAACAGAAGCAAUUCUUGAUUCAGGUGGGACGUGGGUAAAUUCAGCUCCUAGAGUUCAAAUUAUUCAUCGUCAAGAUCUUACGAUGGUGGAUACAAAGUUGAGAAAACACGUCCAAAUUCAUUGGAAAAACGCAAUAAUGCUAUAAUAAAUACGCUUAGAGCGAAUGAAACGUGAAUUUGUCUAGAUUUAAUAAGCGUACGAUUAAAAAUCAUAGAAUAUGUAUGUCAUUAGAUUUUGAAUGGUUUAUAUCAUCGAAUUAUAGCUCCAUAUUCUUACUUUUGUAUCCGGUAAAUACGUAUAAAAAUUAAACUGAAAUUUAACGUUUUCGCAAAGUAAACAUAAUAUAUUUUUUUAAACAUUGUAAUUAAUUACUAAAUGAUUCUCAUUGUUUUUCAUGUCAUUUUUUUUUACUUCUGUGCCUUGUAUGUAUUGAUUAUUUAUUUUGGAAUUUGCCAAUUUCAUUAUUUCGACAUUUGUUAUAAAAUGUGUAUUGUGUAAUAAACGAUAAAUUUCUAGUGA